GACCAAGGCACUGAUGUUUGAACAGGCAGCUUCACAAUGUUUAAAAGAAUCUUCCAAAUGGCUUUGAAUCAGACAAACUAGAAAAUCGCUUCGGAACACCGCCUUCAGCAUGCUUCUCCCCCCUUGGGCUUUCCUGGCCAGGAGCUUUUUGAAGAGUCCAUUCUGCAGGGAGCCAGAAUGCUGAUCCUCAUGGAACCAGCUUAGUGGAUUUGACUUUUCUGGUAGAUUUCUCUCGCUUUAUUAGAUUCUCUCCCAGACUUCUAAGAGGCAUGGAGGUAUUCAUGGCACCGAAGAGCCUGCGAGGAAGGAGGUAGCACUUUCAUGCUGCGUGAAAACCAAGCAGGUGACAGUUGUGGCUGAAAACACUUAAAUCUCUCACGUCUGGAUUUACUGCUGGGGCGCAAGAGGCGAUACUGGACAAGAAAACCCAAAAAAGUAGAAUGAGGGCCACUGGCAAGUAAAUGGCCACUUCUACCUUGACGGAGCCGACGUCAGCCUCCUGGUGGAAUUAUUUUUUCCUUUAUGAUGGUUCAAAGGUGAAGGAAGAAGGCGAUCCGACGAGGGCUGGCAUUUGUUAUUUCUAUCCUCCUCAGACUCUGCUUGACCAGCAGGAGUUGCUCUGUGGACAGAUUGCGGGCGUGGUGCGCUGUAUUUCUGACCUCUCCGCCUCAGCUCCCACCCUCGUUCGUCUGCGGAAACUGAAGUUCGCCGUAAAGGUUGACGGAGAGUACCUUUGGGUGCUGGGCUGUGCUGUGGAGCUCCCCGACGUCAGCUGCAAGCAGUUUCUGGAUCAGCUCAUCGGUGUCUUUAAUUUUUACAAUGGGCCCGUGUCUCUGGCUCACCAGAACCGUUCUCCGGAAGACCUGCACGCUGCUUGGGACACCUUCAUUGCUCAGGUCCUAAAGAACACCAGUGACCUGCACAAGAUAUUCAACUCCCUCUGGAACCUGGACCGAACUAAAGUGGAGCCCCUGUUGUUGCUGAAGGCAGCCCUCAUUCUGCAGACGUGCCAGCGCUCGCCUCACAUUCUGGCCGGCUGUAUCCUCUACAAGGGACUGAUUGUUAGCACCCAGCUCCCACCGUCCCUCACGGCUAAGGUCCUGAUCCAUCCAGCUGCACCUCGGGACCAGAGAAUACCUGCAGGAGGGGGUGCCCUGCAGGAACAUGGAGCGGCACUCCCCGCAAAUGUCCAGAUCCUGCCUGUGUUCCUGACCGAAGAGGAAGCCAUCAGUCUCCACGAGUUCCCAAUGGAGCAGGAAACUAGCUCGGCUGCCCCGCCGGCCGGACUCCAGGAGCACUCAGCCCAGCGUUGGAGCACAUCUGCCCCCACCGAAAACGCCACUGGCCACGUGGGAUCUGCGGCCUGGACGUUGGCAACCACUCCCGAGCCUCCGGGUCCUGACGUAGCAUGGCCAGAUGGCAAGGGGGAGAACAGGCGCUUGCCUGGCCAUGAUCUGGAGAAUGUCAAGCCUGCAAGACAGCACAGCCCAGCCAGGGACAAGGGUCCUGGUCUCCGCAGCUCCCUGGCGAGGGAACCUCGUCUGCCCUGGGUGGAGGAGGAACCGGACUUGUCUGAGAUCCACAUUCCAGAAGCUCGGGAAACAGGAAUGUGCCCGGGUUAUUUUGCCCUCCCGAGUACGUGCACCCCAGAUCAUGGCAGUCCUUGCUUUGAGGAAUGUGCCAGUGACUCUGGCAGCCAGGAACCCAAGCCGCCUGAUGCCCUCAGCAGCUUCCUGUCUCUGUCUACUCCUGAGAUCCCCCCCCAGAAUGGAGCCCUGGAGCGGCACAACGACCCUCCAGGGGACAGCAGCCCAGCCCCCUCUCCCAGGGAAGACCGCCUCCCUGGAAGGACGAGCAGACCGUGGUCAUGGCCUUGCUCAGACUCGAGGCAGGAAGGAACCACGCUUCCCGUGGGCGAACGAGGCACAGAGCAGCCUGUUGGGGUUCGUGACAGCCGCUCAACACCCAGUGGCUCUGACUUGGCAGAGUCUCAGGACGAUGGUCCCUCUGCAGACAGAAAUGACCCGAGGUCAACCCCCACAUCCCGUGAGGGGCUUGUGCCGAUGAACCUCUACACCCACGAUGUCAACGGGCUGGUGCUGUCCCUGCUGGCCGAGGAGCCGCUGCUGGGCGACGACGCAGCCAUUGAGGAAGUGUACCACAGCAGCCUGGCGUCCCUGAACGGGCUGGAGGUCCACCUGAAGGAGACACUGCCCAAAGACGCCGCUGCCUUCCCCAGCAGGACGUACAACUUCACGCAUUAUGACCGCAUCCAGAACGUGCUGACCACGAACCUGCCACAGGUGGCCACCGCCCAGGACCGCCGCUUUCUCCGGGCCGUCGGCCUCAUGCACUCGGACUUUGCCCGGCUGCCUGCGCUGUAUGAGAUGACCAUCAGGAGAACAUAAGGCAAGUUAGAGGGCAGAAGGGGAGGGCCCACUGUGUGUCUGUGAUUCCACCAAAUCCUGGCAACGAUUUGGGAAAGUGCGUUUUUUCCUCUUCAUUGUAUAGAUGCGGAUACCGAAGCACAAAAAGGAUCAGCAACUUGUCCCAGGGUCACAUUCUGAUUAAGGGGCAGAGCCAGGAUUUGAACCCACGUCUCUCUGACUCUGAAGUGCCCAUUGUGUCCCCAUAUUUCCAGUUCAGGGGCGGGCAGGGUGGUCGAGAGGGAGGGGCGCGGGCUCUGGACUCCCACAGAUGCACACGGGGGCCUCGGCCGUCAUGGUGACGUGGUGCUAAUGCCCUGUACCUGGGGGUCAGUAUUUCAGGAUAUUUUCCCAUAAUAAAUGUGCCUCCUCUGGCUUUAAGUCAGAGCUGCCCCAAGCUGGCAACCUAGAGGGACAUUUACAGUCACUGGUUUGGGAACCGAUUGUGUCAGGGUGUGUUUGGGGGGGGGGGUUGUUUAGAGAGGGAUGGAAAUGAGUCAAACGUCAUCUUGGGAUGUAUUAACCACCUUGUGGCCCUGCGGUAUUUUGGAGCCAAGUGGGGUUUUGUGUUGGCAUCCGUGGCUUAUUUUAAUAGUAACAGAAACAGCUGCCACCAUUUCUUAACCACUCACCAUGUACUAAGCAGUUUCUGUGUGUUUUCCUCAUUUAGUCUCAAGAAGAAUCUCAGCAAUGGGAUUCACUGUUGUCAUAUCCACUUUGCAGAUCUGGGACUUAGAGCUGGGACUCAGGAGGAGUAACUUAGCCAGGGGCACCCAGCUAGGAAGCCACGGGGCUGCGAUCAUGCGUGUGUGAGCCCAGCUCCAGGCCUGUAGCCACCAGGCCGCGGUGCUCCCUCCGGGUGCCUGUGAGGACUCGCCCGUGACUCAUCCCGCUGUCCAGCGAGUGCCACAAAACACGUAGGCCAGGUGGACCCUUCUGGCCCCUUGAGGUCCCAGAGGGGGAAGCUGGAGGAAGACGGGAUUCUCCUCCUACCUCCCCUGGAAGCAGCGAUCCCAGUGAGCUGGGCCUGGGGGUCCCUGACUCCACUCCCUUUUACUAGACUUGGAGAAACUAAGGCCCAGCGGGGAAACAGUCCGCGACAGGCAGGAUCAGGGAACCAGGUGGUUGCCUGGCCCUGGAGUCACUUCCUCCCUAGUGGGUCCUCCUUUGCCCGGGCCCCUCACCCCUCCCUCCGCUUCUGUGACGUUUCCUGUCACUUGAUGUCGCAGCCCUCUCCUCUGCCCUCACUGCCCCCACUCAUCCAGCCGCCUUCCGUGGACAUUGUCCGUGCUCGUCAUCCUGGCGGCAUCGCCCAGCCCUGCGCCUCCGGGUGCCCUCACCGCUGCUGCGUAAGGCUGGGUGGGGACUGAGCCAGGCUGCCCAAGCGCACUUGGCGGAGCUGCUCUGCCGUCAGCCAAACGUGCACCCGCCAGCGCAGUCCUGCACUUACCCUAACCUCGGGCUCUGUGGCCGGGGCCGCCACGGACGGCGCCAGCCUCCAGUGAGUCAAAAGGAAAGAAGAUGGCUCUUGGCACCGAAGCCUGGAACUCGAGUGUGCAAGUCGAACCCCGAACCGCAGCAGCUGCCCUCCCCCUCCCCCCCCCCCCCCCAGCAUUUGGCGUCGCUGGGCCCCUGCCGAGCACCUCCCGAGGUCUCUGUGUGGUCAGAGGCCUGCCCAGGCAGCCUGGGACCGUUGUCUUCUUUCUUCCCCCUCAGAAACGCCUCCACGGCCGUGUACGCCUGUUGCAGCCCCGUCCAGGAGACCUAUUUCCAGCAGCUGGCGGUGGCGGCGCGGAGCUCCGGCUUCCCGAGCCCACAGGACGGUGCCUUCAGCCUCCCCGGCAAAGCCAAGCAGAAGC